UCGGUUGUCAUGGGGACGGCGGCGUAGGCAGACGCUGGCGUCAGCGGGCGGCGUGCUGCCCGCACUGCGGCAGCUGACCUGCUCUCAGAACCUGGGCAGCUGGCAGCUGUGGUGGCUACGCGGUCGCCUUCCUCACGGCCCGCCCCGCCUCGCGCGGGGAGCUUCUGCGCACGGCCCCCGGCGCCUGCGCUGGCGGGACGGGCUGUCUGCCGCUCUGCGCUGACCUCUGCGAUUCUGAUUACAACUCAGUGCUCUCCAUAAAGCUGAAAUAUGCCCACUGUUGAGAGUGAAGCCAAGGUAAAUACGGAAGUUUGCUUUGAGGAAUCGCUUAAGACCCACAAUGAUCUAAUAUGUGAAAGAAAAAAACUGAAGAAAAAUAUUGGCAAAUCUGGAGAAAAAAUCUCACUUGACACUGUUAGAUGCAAUCUUCAGAAAACUAAAGAAACUAAAAGUGGUGAUGUAAGUGCUACUAACAGUAGUAAACCAGAGAAGAGUAUGCCAGUCACUAAAAACAAACUAAAAAAUCCAGAUGAUGAUGUUAGUGUAGAGGAAGACAAGCAAGAAAAGACAAAUAAAAAGGUUAUAAAAACAGUGCUCCAGGUGACUGCACAAGAAAUGGAACUGGAAACUCCUGAGAAGGUGGAUUCUACACAUCAGAAAGCACGAACAAAGUCACAGCCAGGUGUUGCUCAUCAGAAAAGAGAGAAGGCAAAUGAAGAAAGAGAAAAUAAUAAUUUAGAUGAGGAAAAAGAGCUGAUGCAAGCAUACCAACUCCAAGUAGCAGAAGAAAUGGCAAAGGAGUUUAAGAAGAAAAUAAGAAAGAAACUCAAAGAACAGUUGACUUACUUUCACUCAGAUGCUUCAUUGCAUGACGACAAAUUGAGCAAUGAAAAAAGAAAAAAGAAAAAAAAAGUUCCAAUCCUGUCUAAAGCUGAAACAAGUAUAUUGAACAUCUCUGAUAAGAAAGUUGGAGGUGAACAAAAGAAAGAAUCUCCAGUUGAAGCAGUUACUUCAGAUUCUCAUCAAGAAGAUGAAUUAAGCUCAAUGGAACAAAGUAUAGAAGACAGCAUGCAAGAUGACACAAAAUCCAAACCAAAAAAGAAAGAGAAGGCUAAAGCAGUUUCAGAUGAUAAUGAAGACACUGACGGUGAUGGUGUUCAUGAAGUUACAAACCGAGAUAGUCCAGUUUAUCCCAAAUGUUUACUCGAUGAUGACCUUGUCCUGGGAGUUUACAUUCACCGAACUGAUAGACUUAAGUCAAAUUUUAUGAUUUCUCAUCCGAUGGUAAAAAUUCAUGUGGUUGAUGAGAAUACUGGUCAAUAUGUCAAGAAAGAUGAUAGUGAACGCCCUGUUUCUUCUUAUUAUGAGAAAGAAACUGUGGAUUAUAUUCUUCCUAUUAUGACCCAGCCAUAUGAUUUUAAACAGUUAAAAUCAAGACUUCCAGAGUGGGAAGAACAAAUUAUAUUUAAUGAAAACUUUCCUUAUUUGCUUCGAGAUUUUGAUGAAAGCCCUAAAGUCAUUCUGUUCUUUGAGAUUCUUGACUUCUUAAGCAUGGAUGAAAUUAAGAAUAACACUGAAGUUCAAAACCAAGAAUGUGGCUUUCGAAAAAUUGCCUGGGCAUUUCUCAAGCUUCUAGGAGCUAAUGGGAAUGUAAACAUCAAUUCAAAACUUCGCCUACAGCUGUAUUACCCACCUUCUAAACCUCGAUCCCAAUUAAAUGUUGUUGAGGUUUUUGAAUGGUGGUCAAAAUGUCCAAGAAAUCGUUAUCCAUCAACGUUGUAUGUAACUGUAAGAGGACUGAAAGUUCCUGAAUGUAUAAAGCCAUCUUACCGUUCUAUGAUGGCUCUUCAGGAGGAAAAAGGUAAACCAGUGUAUUGUGAACGACACUGUGAACCAAGUUCAACAGAUACAGAACCUGGACUGGAAGAUUCAAAGGAAGUAGUAAAUUGGAAACGACUGCCUGGGCAGGCUUGUCGUAUCCCAAACAAGCACCUCUUCUCACUAAAUGCAGGAGAAAGAGGAUGUUUUUGUCUUGCUUUCUCUCACAAUGGAAGAAUAUUAGCAGCAGCCUGUGCCAGCCGGGAUGGAUAUCCAAUUAUUUUAUAUGAAAUUCCUUCUGGGCGUUUCAUGAGAGAAUUGUGUGGCCACCUCAAUAUCAUUUAUGAUCUUUGCUGGUCAAAAGAUGAUCGUUAUAUCCUUACUUCAUCAUCUGAUGGAACUGCCAGGAUAUGGAAAAAUGAAAUAAAUAAUACAAAUACUUUCAGAGUUUUACCUCAUCCUUCUUUUGUUUACACUGCUAAAUUCCAUCCUGCUGUAAAAGAGCUGGUGGUUACAGGAUGCUAUGAUUCUGUUAUACGGAUAUGGAAAGUGGAUAUGAGAGAGGAUCCGGCCAUACUGAUCCGACAGUUUGACACUCACAGGAGUUUCAUCAACUCUCUCUGUUUUGAUAUCGAAGGUCAUCACAUGUAUUCAGGAGACUGCACAGGGGUGAUUGUUGUUUGGAAUACCUAUGUUAAGGUUAAUGAUGUGCAACAUUCAGUGCGCCACUGGAGUGUUAAUAAGGAAAUUAAAGAGAGUGAGUUUAAGGGGAUUCCAGUAAGUUAUUUGGAGGUUCAUCCCAAUGGAAAACGUUUGUUAAUCCAUACAAAAGACAGUACUUUGAGAAUUAUGGAUCUCCGAAUAUUAGCAGCAAGGAAAUUUGUAGGUGCAGCAAAUUAUCGGGAAAAGAUUCAUAGUACUUUGACACCAUGUGGGACUUUUCUCUUUGCUGGAAGUGAGGAUGGUAUAGUAUAUGUUUGGAACCCAGAAACAGGAGACCAAGUAGCAAUGUAUUCUGACCUGCCAUUCAAGUCACCCAUUCGAGACAUUUCUUACCAUCCACUUGAAAAUAUGGUUGCAUUUUGUGCAUUUGGGCAGAAUGAACCAAUUCUUCUAUAUAUUUAUGAUUUCCGUGUUGCCCAGCAGGAGGCUGAAAUGUUCAAACGCUACAAUGGAACAUUUCCAUUGCCUGGAAUACAUCAAAGUCAGGAUGCUUUAUGCACCUGUCCUAAACUGCCUCAUCAAGGCUCUUUUCAUAUUGAGGACUAUGUCCACACUGACAGUUCUUCAGUGAAGAUGCAGCAAGUGAAACAGAGGCUCGAUUCUGUCACAGAAGUGAUACGAGCCUGUGCUGCAAAGGUUAACAAAAAUCUCUCAUUUACUUCAACAUCAGCCUCCUCACAGCAGUCUAAGUUAAAACAGUCAAACAUGCUGGCUGAUCAUCAGAUUCUACAUCAGUUUGGUUUCACUCAGACCGGGACUGUCAGCAUAGAAAAAAAGCCUUGUAACCAUCACAUAGAUACAGCACCAACGGUAGUGGCUCUUUAUGACUACACAGCGAAUCGAUCAGAUGAACUCACCAUCCAUCGUGGAGACAUUAUCCGAGUGUUUUUCAAAGAUAAUGAAGACUGGUGGUAUGGCAGCGUAGGAAAGGGACAGGAAGGUUAUUUUCCAGCUAAUCAUGUGGCUAGUGAAACACUGUAUCAAGGACUGCCUCCAGAGAUAAAGGAGCGAUCCCCUCCUUUAACCCCCAAGGAAAAAACCAAAAUGGAAAAACCUUUUUCAGCUUUUCAAAAGCAGUCAGUCACUAAGGACAAGUCCCAGGAUUUCAGACAGGGCUCAGAGUCUAUGACACAUUCUGAAGUGGGCAAAGAGCAGGGCCAUGAGGACCGUGGACACUUAGUGGAUAUGCAGGUGAAGAAGAAUGAGCAAGCUGGCCGAAAAGUCACCCUAAUAGAGUAAAAAGUUGAAGAAAGAAGAGACAAAGAAACAAAUACACAGAAAUGAAGUAAAUUAAACCAAAUGGCAUUUCCUUCAGAGUUCAGAAUUUUCAGAUACUAAGGAAGAAAGGAUCCACUACUUCUUAUGAAAAUCUAAAAAUGUCAGAAGCGAGGUAUGGGUGGAAAAAUUUUUUAAUGUGGCCUUUUGAGCUUAAUUGUUAUAAACCAUUGUGAUAGUUGUUGAUCAAAGUAUUGGUACUUGUAUUUAUUAAUAAUUGCAUCAAAAUGAUAUUAUCACUGUUGGAAAACCAAUAAAGAAAAAACCAUAAUUGCUAGUCAACAAAUGUGAGUAAAAAGUGUUUACAUUGUCAGGAUGUCUGUCAAGUAAUCAAUUAAUAUUAUUAUAUCUUUAAUGUGGUUAUAUGUAUAAUGUCAUACACAGACUAUGAAAUAUCUGCUUUUGAAAUUUAACUUUAUUUAAAAGCUAAGCUGCUUCACAAUAUUAUGUAUUCAAAAUGGUCCCAGUAAGAAAGGCAUUAAAAGGGAACAAAUUUGUUUGUUUUGAGUGAAUCAUAUAUGUAACAUGAUACACAUAGAGUAAAUAUGGCUUUUAGCUAGAUAGGCAACAGUAUUACAAGUUACUUUACAUUUUAAAAAAGCAUUUCAUAUUUAAGCAAGUAAUUGAUUUGUGGACUUAAAUUGUUCAGUACUUAUGUUAGUCUUAAUAUUUGUUUUAAGUUAUUACAUUGCAUUAUUUAUUUAUUUAGUUCCAGAACAAUGGUGUUAUUACUAUGUGACUAUAUUUUAAAAUGUAGUGUUACAAUCAUUUCUUUGUUUUUUCUUGACUCUUCUCAGCUAUGUGAUUAUAAGACUGUCAGCAAAAUAUUUAAACCCACAAAGGUCAAAACUAAUAUAAAAUUAGAAAACUUAUUUACAAAGUUAGACAAUUGAUUCCAUUAAAAUAAGAAGUGAGAAAAACUGUGUUGGGCAUUGAGGUGUAAAUUUUGCCCAGAUGUGUACCCAAUGUGAAAUAUCUUCUAGUAAAAAUACAUUUGGCUCUUAUCCCUGCACAUGUUAGAGAAGCAUGAAAAUUGGUAAACAUGCCCAUCCUGCUGUGUAGAACCUAAAUGGAGGGUGUGAGGAGGGGAGCCAUUUUUCUAGUGGCAAGUGGCCAGGAUGACUGCAGAAGCCCUCAGCAAUCUGCAUAGAGGUCUGUUCUGAUCACUCUGAGCCACUGUUGAUCUGGAGGCAGACAUCUGUUCUUCAGGUACAGUUGGACCCAACCAGCUUGAGUCACCCUUGUACAAGCUUCUUUUUUUGUCUUGUGAAUGCACUUGAUAAUUAAAAAAUAAAAAUAUGCAUCUCUCUGCAG